UCACUUUAGCUUUAUUUUUAAUGCGUCACACCAGAGACAGGAGGUUUAUUUAGACUGUGAGCUGAAUGUUUGAACAUUCAUAUGUACUGUACUUGUUAGUGUGCAGGAGACAUGAGAGGGACUUUGGUUUUAUUUUCAUACUAUACAUACGUUAUUUAAUGAUCUGAUCAAAUCAAGGAGAACAUGUCUCAAGGCCGACUUCAUCCGGGUGAAAUUAAUUUGGUAGUAGUGGGAGGAAUCAUAUCGGGCAAAACAUCAAUAUGUAGCCUUCUGCUAGGUCAGGAGAACCCUCAGCCUGGUCCAAAAACUGUGAACUGCGUAAAACGUGAUGGUCAGGUGAGAGGUAAGCGCUUGACCGUGGUUGACACCCCAGGAUGGUGGAAGGACUACUCUCUGAUUGACACAGCAGAGAGAAUCAAACAGGAGCUACAGCUGAGUGUCCAACACUGCCCUCCAGGACCUCACGCUUUCAUCCUUACUGUUGAGAUUGAAAAGUUUAUCGAGAGGAACAGAAGAUCUGUAGAGGAGCACAUGGGGCUCUUUGGUGAGAGAGUUUGGGAGCACACCAUAGUGGUGUUCACUAGAGGAGAAUCUCUGGAGGGUAAAAGCAUAGAGCAGCACUUUGAGACUCAGGGGGAGGCUCUGGAGUGGCUACUAGAGAAAUGUGGAAACAGACACUGUGUCUACGACAAGCAGGCUAAAGAUCAAAACCAGGUCAUCCAGCUGUUGGAACAGAUAGAGAGUGUUGUAGUGAAUAACAGCGGCAGACAUUUUGAGCUUGAUGAGACAACUUUAAGGGAGGUUGAAGAGAAGAAGAGAGCUGUUCAGGAGCGAGCAAAUGCACGACAGCUAAAGGUUGAAGAGAAAAGGAAACGACUCAUAGAGGGAGGUCAGGUCCAGCCUCUACCAGAAAUCAGAAUUGUUAUCUUAGGGUGGGUGUGUUGUGGGAAAAGUUCUGCCAAAAAUGUCAUCCUGAACAAAAAAGAUCACGGUCCUCUAAGCAGAACUCAUAAGUGUAAAAAACAUGAAGGAUCAGUUGGUGACAGACAGGUCACUGUGGUGGACACUCCCGGCUGGUGGAAGUACUUCCCCGCCCACUACACUCCUGAAUGGGUGAAGACGGAGCUUGAGCGAAGCGUGACUUUUGGUUCUAAGGCUCCCCAUGCCUUCCUGUUGGUGGUCCCAGCUGAUGUGUCGUUCCUGGAGGAACAGAGAAAGGGAAUUCAAGAGAACAUGAAGAUCUUUGGUGAAAUGGUUUGGAGAAACACUAUUGUGCUCUUCACCUGGGGAGAUACUUUGGGGAACACAAGCAUCGAAGAGCACAUUGAGGGUGAAGGAGAACCCCUCAGAUGGCUUGUGGAGAAAUGUGGGAACAGAUAUCACGUCUUUGACAACAUAAACAGAGGAGACGGAUCACAAGUCCACCAGCUUCUACAGAGGAUUGAGGAAAUGGAGGCAAGCGAUAGUUCCUGUGACGGGACCCAGAAAAUCCCAGAAAUGGAAGUAACAGAGAGUCACACAAAAGAAGAGAAGGUGAGGAAAGAGUUGGUGACGUUUCUGGACAAAGAGUGGACCAGAAGGGACAAUAAACUGGAGGAGAAGGUGAGAGUGAUGUGUCUGGGAGAGUGCAUGGCUGAGACCCGAGAGCUGAGAGUGAUUGUACUUGGUGGUAAACAAUCUGGCAAGACGUCUUUGAUCAACAGAGUGCUCAGGGACUUUUCACCCAGGGAAAUAGCAGUUGAGAGAAGAAAAGGUGUGGUCAAUGACAGGUCAGUUGUCAUGGUAGACACCAUUGGAUGGUGGAGGAACUACAAGUUGAUUGACACGGCGAAGUUCAUUACGCUGAAACUUCAGCAGAGCUUGUCUCAGUGUCCACCAGAACCGCAUGCCUUCGUCUUGACCAUCAGGGUUGAUAUGAUAUUCGAUGAAGAAAAUAGGAGAUCUGUAGAGGAACACAUGGGGCUUUUUGGGGAGAAUAUUUGGGAACACACCAUAGUGGUUUUCACCAAUGGAGAAUCUCUGGAGGGUAAAAGCAUAAAGCAGCACACUGAGAGUGAGGGGGAGGCUCUGAAGUGGGUAUUAGAGAAAUGUGGGAAUAGAUACUGUGUCUAUGACAACGGAAACAGUGAGGAUAACCAGGUCACAAAACUACUGGGCGAGAUAGAGAAUGUUAUUAAGAUUAACAGAGGUGGGUACUUUAAGCUUGAUGACAAAUAUUUAUUGGAGGUUGAAAAGAGGGCAAGACUUGUGAAAGAAAAAGCAAAUGGCAGACUCAAGAGGAGGAUGGAAAAAAGAGAACAACUGAAAGAAGAAGCCAAGAUUCAGUCCCUACCAGAAAUCAGGAUGCUUCUAGUGGGGUGGAUAAGCUCCAGAAAAACUUCAGCAAAAAAUACCAUUCUAAACAGAGAGGAGAGUGUCACCAGGAGGACCAUGGCAGCUGAGAUACAAACUGGAGAAGUGGCAGGACAAAAGGUCUCUGUGGUGGACACUCCUAGCUGGUGGAAGUACUUCCCUGCCCACUACACUCCUGGAUGGGUGAAAACGGAACUCCAAAAAAGUCUGAGCCUAGGCUCUAAAGCUCCCCAUGUCAUACUCAUUGCAGUUCCAGCAGACACAACCUUCCUUGAGGAACAGAGGAAAAUUACUGAAGACAACAUGAAGAUGUUUGGUGAUCAUGUCUGGAGACACACCAUCGUGUUGUUCACUUGUGGAGAUCGGCUGCGAGACAUGAGUAUUGAGGAGCACAUUGAGUGUGAAGGAGAACCACUACAGUGGCUCAUUGAGAAAUGUGGGAACAGAUAUCACAUCUUUGACAAUGUCAACAGAGGAGACGGGUCCCAGGUUACAGAGCUGCUGGAGAGGAUCAGGGAGAUGAUAGCAGGAAACAGCUCCUAUACUGACACCCAGAACACAGAGGUGAGGGAAACAUCAGGAGAACCAGAAGGGUUGGGUGUAGAGAUGGGAAUGCUGUUAGAUAAAGAGUGGAAUGCAAUGGACAAAAUAAUGGAGGAGAAGAUUAAACAACUAUGGACACAACUGCUUGGAAAAGGAAACCAGAGCAUGGAUGCUGUUGUGAAAUUUAAGGAAAAUGAGUCUUCAGAAAACCAAACAAAUGAAAAACCACCAGAAAGUCCUAACACUUCAGCCCCUGGGGAGGGGACUUCUAAAUCAGAGGCUGGAGACAAAACAUAUCUAUCAGAAGAGGACCAACAUCACCUCUUAAGACAGACCAGUGAGGUGCACUCUGAACUUAUGGAGAAAAUUAAGGAGACCCUUAAUCGAGAAUUUAGCAGACGAGAGAUAUUUUACAUGGAAAGAGCUUCUGGAAUAAUCCAGGAGAUGAGCACAUCACAUGAGGCUGGAGACAAACAACAUCUAUCAGGGGAAGACCUACAUCACCUCUCAAGGCAGACCACUGAGAUGCACUCUGAUCUUCAGGAGAAAAUUAAGGAGACUCUUAAUCGAGAAUUCAGCAGACGAAAGACAGUUUUCAUGGAAAGAGCUUCUGGAAUAUUCCAGAUGAGCACAUCUCACGAUAUGACAUCAGAACCUGAUGAGCAAGAAUUUCAACAAGCAAGAAAAAAAGUGUGCAGGUGGCUUUUAAGCUCCUCUGGAUUUGGAUCCGAAGUGGAAGAUGAGGACAUCAGAUAUUUAGAGUGACAAGCAUGGUUGCUAUUGGAAAUCAAUUGUUCAAAGUAACACUGGAAUUCCCCUUUUCUUCAAUUCCCAACAUUCAUUUUCCCAGUUCAUCUAAACCCAACAAAAAGGGUCAUGUUCCUACUUGCCUACUUGCGACAACAAUAUCACAAAGUACAAUACCGGGUGUUCCAAGCUGUUAGAAUCUACACUACAGCAUAACCUGUCAGGGAACAUGAGACUCAGCAUCAUCUCCCAGAUGGGGUCUUAUCAGGAUAAAAAAACAAAGGUCCAUGCUGCUGUGGCCUUGGCCAGGGUCAGGAAGCAAACUGAGGUGUAAAUGACAUCAAUCAAUUGUAAUAUGGACAUGGGGGUAGACCAUUAAGAACCACCCAGGUACAUAUACCUUCUAUAAGUGAUAUUUUUUUACGUUUUAGAGCCUAAAAAUGUCAUGUAAGUGGCAUAAUGUGCACUUAUUGCAAUGGAAUACAUAUACAUGUUUACAUUUUGUGAUUUAUUACGAGAAAAGAAAAAUGUAUCAUUAUUUUUAAAUCCCUCUAUAGAGACUAUUGGGAAACUGUUGCUGUUUGAGGAUCAACUAGAUAUUACCACUUUACCACAACCAUUGGUGGAUACUGUGUUGUGUUGUUACCAUGGUUUUACCCUAUUAUUACCAUGAAACUACCCUCUUAUUACCGAUCUGUAUAUGAAGUGCUACCCACAAAUUCAUUCAGUCAUUACUGUUCAAUAAAAAAAGAGACAUUGGCCUUAUCCUUUGACCUUGACAUUAAAAUGUAUUUUGAAAUGUC